CACGUGGGCGCCGACUGCCGGGCCGGCGGUCGCAGGGAGCCGGGGUCGCCUAGAGAGCCGCCCACCGUCUCCGAGGCCCGCCCGACUUCUCCGCCCCGGCCUCCCGGUUGGGGAGGGGGAUUCCCGGCCCUGCCCGACCACCUCCCUCCAGUUUCGCCAUCUCGUCUGGGAGCCGCAUAACCAUGUCCAUCCUUUACGUCUCCCCUCACCCCGAUGCUUUCCCCAGCCUCCGGGCCCUCAUAGCUGCUCGCUAUGGGGAGGCUGGAGAGGGGCCGGGAUGGGGAGGAGCCCACCCCCGAAUCUGUCUGCAGCCGCCCCCAACCAGUAGGACGCCCUUUCCCCCACCCCGCCUGCCUGCCCUGGAGCAGGGGCCCGGUGGGCUGUGGGUGUGGGGGGCCACAGCUGUGUCUCAGCUGCUGUGGCCAGCGGGCCUCGGGGGCUCUGGGGGCAGCCGGGCAGCUGUCCUCGUCCAACAGUGGGUCAGCUACGCCGACACGGAGCUAAUACCGGCUGCCUGUGGGGCUACGCUGCCCGCCUUGGGACUGCGAAGCCCAGCUCAGGACCCCCAGGCUGCCCUGGGAGCCCUGGGCAGGGCCUUGAGCCCCUUGGAGGAGUGGCUCCGUCUGCACACCUACCUGGCUGGGGAGGCCCCCACGCUGGCUGACCUGGCGGCUGUCACAGCCCUGCUGCUGCCUUUCCGAUAUGUCCUGGACCCCUCGGCCCGCCAGAUCUGGGGUAACGUGACCCGCUGGUUCCUCACGUGCAUCCAGCAGCCAGAAUUCCGCGCCGUGUUGGGAGAAGUGGUUCUGUACUCGGGGGCCAGGCCCUUCUCUCAGCAGCCAGGCCCUGAGGUGGCUGCACCCCCAAAGACAGCUGCUCAGCUCAAGAAAGAGGCAAAGAAGCGGGAGAAGCUAGAAAAAUUCCAACAGAAGCAGAAAAUGCAGCAGCAGCAGCCCCCGCCAGGGGAGCAGAAGAAACCAAAACCGGAGAAGAAGGAGAAACGGGACCCUGGGGUCAUCACCUAUGACCUCCCAACCCCACCCGGAGAGAAGAAAGACGUCAGUGGCACCAUGCCUGACUCGUACAGCCCGCAGUACGUGGAGGCCGCCUGGUACCUUUGGUGGGAGCAACAGGGCUUCUUUAAGCCGGAGUAUGGGCGUCCCAGCGUGUCCACGCCCAACCCCCGAGGGGUCUUCAUGAUGUGCAUCCCACCCCCCAACGUGACGGGCUCCCUGCACCUGGGCCACGCGCUCACCAACGCCAUCCAGGACUCCCUGACUCGAUGGCACCGCAUGCGCGGGGAGACCACGCUGUGGAACCCUGGCUGUGACCAUGCAGGCAUUGCCACGCAGGUGGUGGUGGAGAAGAAGCUGUGGCGAGAGCGGGGCCUGAGCCGGCACCAACUGGGCCGCGAGGCCUUUCUGCAGGAGGUCUGGAAGUGGAAGGAGGAGAAAGGCGACCGCAUUUACCACCAGCUGAAGAAGCUCGGCAGCUCCUUGGAUUGGGACCGAGCCUGCUUCACCAUGGACCCUAAACUCUGCGAAGCUGUGACGGAGGCUUUCGUUCGGCUUCACGAGGAAGGAGUCAUCUACCGCAGCACCCGGCUUGUCAACUGGUCCUGCACCCUGAACUCGGCCAUCUCCGACAUUGAGGUGGACAAGAAGGAGCUGACGGGUCGCACCCUGCUCCCCGUGCCUGGCUAUAAGGAGAAGGUGGAGUUCGGGGUCCUUGUGUCCUUUGCCUACAAGGUCCAAGGCUCAGACAGUGACGAAGAGGUGGUGGUGGCGACGACUCGGAUCGAGACGAUGCUGGGCGAUGUGGCUGUGGCUGUGCACCCUGAAGAUUCCAGAUACCAGCACCUGAAGGGGAAGAGCGUGAGGCACCCGUUCCUGUCACGGAGCCUGCCCAUCGUCUUCGAUGACUUUGUGGACAUGGCGUUUGGCACAGGUGCGGUGAAGAUAACCCCUGCCCACGACCAGAAUGACUACGAGGUGGGGCAGCGGCACGGGCUGGAGGCCAUCAGCAUCAUGGACUCCCGAGGGGCCCUGGUCAACGUGCCCCCGCCUUUCCUGGGCCUGCCCAGGUUUGAGGCCAGGAAGGCAGUGCUGGCUGCGCUGAAGGAGCAGGGACUGUUCCGUGGCGUCCAGGACAACCCCAUGGUGGUGCCGCUUUGCAACCGCUCCAAGGACGUGGUGGAGCCUCUGCUGCGGCCACAGUGGUACGUGCGCUGCGGGGAGAUGGCCCAGGCUGCCAGCGCUGCCGUGACCCGGGGUGACCUCCGCAUCCUGCCCGAGGCCCAUCAGCGGACGUGGCACGCCUGGAUGGACAACAUCCGGGACUGGUGCAUUUCCCGGCAGCUGUGGUGGGGCCACCGCAUCCCGGCCUACUUCGUCACCGUCCAUGACCCUGCGGUGCCCCCUGGGGAGGACCCCGACGGGCGGUACUGGGUGAGUGGGCGCAGCGAGGCAGAGGCCCGCGAGAAGGCGGCCAAGGAGUUUGGAGUGACGCCUGACAAGAUCAGUCUGCAGCAAGAUGAGGAUGUAUUGGACACCUGGUUCUCCUCCGGCCUCUUUCCCUUUUCCAUCUUGGGCUGGCCCAACCAGUCGGAAGACCUGAGUGUGUUCUACCCGGGGACGCUACUGGAAACAGGCCACGACAUCCUCUUCUUCUGGGUGGCCCGGAUGGUCAUGCUCGGCCUAAAGCUCACCGGCAGGCUGCCCUUCAGAGAGGUCUACCUCCACGCCAUCGUUCGAGACGCCCAUGGCCGGAAGAUGAGCAAGUCUCUCGGCAACGUCAUUGACCCCCUGGACGUCAUCCACGGAGUCUCCCUGCAGGGCCUCCAUGAGCAGCUGCUGAACAGCAACCUGGAUCCCAGCGAGGUGGAGAAGGCUAAGGAAGGGCAGAAGGCGGACUUCCCGGCGGGGAUUCCUGAGUGUGGCACCGACGCCCUCCGGUUUGGACUGUGCGCCUACACAUCCCAAGGCCGCGACAUCAACCUGGACGUGAACCGGAUUCUGGGCUACCGCCAUUUCUGCAACAAGCUCUGGAAUGCCACCAAGUUCGCCCUCCGUGGCCUGGGGAAGGAUUUUGUGCCCUCGCCCACCUCCCAGCCCGGGGGCCACGAGAGCCUGGUGGAUCGCUGGAUCCUCAGCCGGCUGGCGGAAGCCGUGAAACUCAGCAACCAUGGUUUCCAGACCUACGACUUCCCAGCUGUCACCACCUCCCAGUAUAGCUUCUGGCUCUAUGAGCUCUGUGACGUCUACCUGGAGUGCCUGAAGCCCGUCCUGAACGGCGAGGACCAGGCGGCGGCUGAGUGUGCGCGCCAGACCCUCUACACCUGCCUGGACGUUGGCCUGCGGCUGCUGUCACCCUUCAUGCCCUUUGUGACCGAGGAGCUGUUCCAGAGGCUGCCCCGACGGGCACCACAGGCCCCCCCCAGCCUCUGCGUCACCCCGUACCCCGAGCCCUCCGAGUGCCCCUGGAAGGACCCUGAGGCGGAAGCCGCCCUCGAACUGGCACUCAGCAUCACACGAGCUGUGCGGUCCCUGCGUGCCGACUACAACCUCACCCGCAUCAGGCCCGACUGUUUUCUGGAAGUGGCUGACGAGGCCACGGGCACCCUGGCGUCGGCAGUGGCGGGCUACGUGCAGGCACUGGCCAGCGCGGGUGUGGUGGCCGUCCUGGCGCCGGGAGCUCCCACACCACAGGGCUGUGCCGUGGCCCUGGCCUCUGAUCGCUGCUCCAUCCACCUGCAGCUGCAGGGGCUGGUGGACCCGGCCCGGGAGCUGGGCAAGCUGCAGGCCAAGCGAGGCGAGGCCCAGCGUCAGGCCCAGCGGCUGCAGGAGCGCCGGGCCACCCCAGGCUACUCUGUCAAGGUGCCCCUUGAAGUCCAGGAGGCAGACGAAGCCAAGCUCCAGCAGACAGAAGCAGAGCUCAGGAAGGUGGACGAGGCCAUCACCCUGUUUCAGAAGAUGCUGUGACCUGCCUGGCCUCAACCCACGACCCCCCAGUGGUGCGCCAUGGGGAUGGCAGCAAUAAAAUAUUUUGC